CGGACGUUGAACCACUUGCGACAAAGUCGCUAAACCGAGGGUCGUGAUUAUUUUCAUAUCGUCGCUCGAUCUUAACUCGAACGAAUCGUCGUUGCAGUUGUGCGACGCGAGUGCACCUACGAGAACGCUCCAUUUUGGAGAACGGAGAAGAACGAGAUCGUCGAACGGAAGAGGAAAAAGAGUCGUCGUGAAUCAACGUAGGACGAGGAUGAGCAGCGGAGAAUGGAACGGUUGGUUGCAACGAUGCCGAGAAUCGCGAAAAUUGGUUCUCGUGAUCGUCGCGAUCGCUUUGCUUCUGGACAAUAUGCUUCUGACCACGGUUGUGCCCAUCAUACCGGAAUUUCUGUACGACAUCAAGCAUCCUAACUCAACGCUGAGCCAACACCUAGAAGGCAAUGGCCCCGGACGAACGACGCUGGGAAUCGUUCAGCCUACGACCAAGAUCGCCUCUACUACAACUUCCAGCCUAAUUACCAACCCAAACGGUGCUGGCUCUUCGAACAAUACGAUCGAUUCUCAAACCGAGUUUCUCCAUACGACCAUUCCUCCUUGCAUAGGCAUGACUGAAAGCACGAACGUUGGGGCGAGUUUAUCAGAGAUAGAAGAAAAGAAGCAGCGACAUCGCGAGUUACUACAGGAGACGGUCGCCGUUGGCAUAAUGUUCGCUUCGAAAGCUUUCGUUCAAUUGCUGGCUAAUCCGAUUGUCGGUCCUCUCACCCACAAAAUCGGCUACAGCAUACCCAUGUUCACCGGUUUCAUCAUCAUGUUUCUUUCUACGCUGAUAUUCGCGUUCGGACGAAGCUACGGUAUCCUUUUCUUGGCAAGAGCGUUGCAAGGAAUCGGUUCCUCUUGUUCGAGCGUAUCAGGUAUGGGUAUGUUAGCCGAGAGGUACCAAGACGACAAGGAACGGGGUAACGCGAUGGGAAUCGCUCUGGGUGGUUUGGCCCUUGGCGUUCUCAUCGGUCCACCAUUUGGCGGUGUCAUGUACGAAUUCGUUGGAAAAUCUGCUCCGUUCUUGGUUCUUUCCGCGUUAGCCCUUGGCGAUGGACUUUUACAGCUUUUGGUACUUCAACCGUCCAUCGUGUACACCGAGGCUGAACCGCCGUCUCUGAAGAGUUUAAUCACCGACCCUUAUAUUGUCAUAGCCGCUGGGGCUAUCACGUUCGCCAAUAUGGGUAUCGCUAUGUUGGAGCCUAGUCUUCCGAUUUGGAUGAUGGACACGAUGGGUGCGAGCAGAUGGAAACAAGGUGCCACCUUUUUACCAGCUAGCAUCAGCUACUUGAUCGGUACUAAUCUUUUCGGACCGCUUGGACACAGAAUGGGCAGAUGGUUAGCUUCCCUGAUCGGACUGGUCGUUAUUGGUAUCUGUUUGAUGUGCAUACCGUUGGCUAGAAGUAUCGAUCAUCUGAUCGUACCCAACGCCGGCUUGGGAUUCGCAAUUGGCAUGGUAGACAGUUCGAUGAUGCCCGAAUUGGGAUAUCUGGUAGACAUUAGACAUACCGCUGUAUACGGAAGCGUUUACGCUAUCGGAGAUGUCGCCUUCUGUUUAGGUUUCGCCGUGGGACCUGCAUUGAGCGGCACGCUAGUCAACACUAUCGGUUUCGAGUGGAUGUUAUUUGGAAUCGCGAUUCUAAACUUUCUUUACGCCCCGCUAAUGUACUUUUUGAGAGCACCACCUACCAAAGAGGAGAAAAAGUCAUUGAUCAUUGGCGAAAAAUCGUCUGUGCGCUACGUAACGUACCAGAAUGAAGAGGACGAACAAUAAUGGCACCGCGGCUGUUUCUAAACUUUUCUUUUUCCACGUUAUGGAGAUGCAGCAGCAACGAGUUGAAUACAGUACACGAAACAUUAUUAUUUACUUUCUAAUCUAACGUUUAUUGUACAUAAAGGUAGAGUAAAUCGUAAGAAUAAGUGUGUGCGUUCAAGAAAAUCGUACACGUGAACAGCGUGUUACCAAACAAAUAUGCUGGAAGUUUCCGAUUUGGUGGCAUAACCGAAGAGUUAGCGAAUUUGCACGAAAAAGUAAGUAGAAAAUGUAGAGUGACAUUUUUUUCCUACGAAGCUUUGUUUCUAAAUAAAUUCAUGUUGAAAAUUCAUCGAAAAUUCUAUAUUUAAAAGUUGCGGCAACAAGUGGUGAUAUCUACUGUUUGGUGCAUCAAAAACGCAAAAAUCACAUCGUUUGCUAUUCGUUGAAACCAGACAACGCCACGAGUUUAUGGCGGGUUUUUUUUAAAAUAAGUAUUGAAAUUUCGAUGAAUUUUCAGCUUAUUCUUUUAUGUAGAUUUACUCGCUCUGCUGUUGUGGCACUAGGUUGGAAACACCUAGUAUAUCUACGUCGAUUGAUCGAGGCACCGAUGGAUAAGGAUACAUCGAUACGCGCUCGUUGAUUCGCGAAUCGCGAAAAGUUUUUAGCGCUUCGAGGCCGUCAAUUUAAAUUUAAAUUAAAAAUUUUCCACGGAGAACCGCCUACUUUGGAUUCCCUGAAUGGCUGCAGGGAAACCGUGCCACGGCGAUUAGGCAUGAUGAAGAGUUUUUCGAAUAUUUGCAAAUCUAAUCGGUAUAUAGAAUGUUCCACUUAUAGGUAAUCGCGGAUAUAAUUACGAAUGAAGCGUCUCGAGUGUCGAAGAUUCUCGCGACUUUGCUUUUCACGAGCAACGAGGAAAAACCAAGAAAUCCUGAUAAUAAUAAUUAAACCCGAGUUGUUUCUAAUUCACGAACGAUCAAACGUUCUCUUGUGAAACGAAACGAACAGUAGUAACGCGGAAACUUUAAGAAAAUAAGCGUCGAACCGUUCGACGAAUUUGCAAAUUACAAGAUAAACUAUAUGCGAAUUCGCGGCGGAAAACUCAAGCACGUAUCCUUCCCUCGUUUUCCCAUCGAUAUAAAUCCGUUCUCUCGUUCUUCGUUCGCGUUCUAUCUUUCGGAUUAGCUAUUCAAAUGCAUAUUAUAGAUCAUAGAUCGUAAGGGCGUUACGCCUCGUUUCUUCUAGCGAUAGUAGUUCGAAAUGGUGUUAGUAUAAUAUUUACGUAGAGUAGUAACGUUAAUGAACAUUAUAUAUCUUAAAAGUUUAUCGAUAAUCGUGUGUUUGUUGUUCUGGUCGAGAAACGUUGAACGAUUACGAGCAACGACGACCGUUUCUACGUUUAGGUCUUAAGCUACACCAUGGAUGUAGGCGAAUCUCUCGAGAAACGCAUAGAUAACGUUGUUAAUUUAUUGAUCGUUAACGGGCCUUGUUCGGGUCUAUUUAAUAUAUUCAAGCAAGUAUAGAGUAUAAUGUUGAUGCUUAUCGAUUAAGCAAAAUCGUUAGGAGUUGUUAGGAGUUUUCGUGGUACGUUUGACUCUGUAACGUUGUUAGGCGAUUGAAACGCGUACGUAGAACGAUAUGUAACAAAGAGUUAACUGGUGCAGAAAUAGAACAGGCUUCCACUGCGAAUUCGAUGAAUCCUCGAGGCUGCGUUGCUCACGCACCUACUCCCGGUAAGAAACGCGAGUCAAUUCGAUUUGCGAAUUCUUAGCGAACGUUCGACGCUGCCGCGGAUGUACGAUUAAGGAAAAACAGGAGGGGCAUGCUGUUCGCGAAAAUAGAGAUCGAGAUAUCGAAUGAUUUUUCAGAAUCCAACCCGAUCAGAGAAUCAACCUCUAUCGAGUUACAAUAUAAAGAGCUUAGGAAUCGUAAGGAUCGGAUCGAGAAACGGUUGAAUCGACGUCGUUGUAUCUACAUAACCGGUACAUGUAUUAUCCAUAUCAACGUGUUUAAGGGCUCCUUUGGUUUCCUGUAAAUAUAGUAAAAGUAUGUGUAUGUCUCUAGAAAGCAAUUAUAGCAAUCUGUAGGUGCAUCUAUGAAAUUAACUUUAUUAUUGAUCGAUACAAUUUUGCCCGCUGGUUCAUCCUCCUUUUCUAUUAAAAUCAAAUCCGCGACACAUUCGAUGUACCAUAUAGGUUUUUGUUUGCUUCUUCGAGCAGGCUUCUCGUCGUCGUAUUUCAUCUGGUCACUAGCGAUAUGUAACUUUGCAACUGCUUGCCCGCAUCGAUCGUAUUGGAAAUCUUGAUCAUUGAACGAUGCGUUUCAAGGUGAGGCUACGCUUUUCAAUGUAACUUUUGUGACGCGUCCAAACGAAUCGAUGAAAAAGCUUAGAGAUUAACUCGUCGAUGACUGCUAUUGUGAACAGACAAUAAGCGAUACGACGAGGCACGAAAGUACUUCGGCAGCCGGAUACAAAACGAUCGUUUUCUCGUUGCUAGUAACGAUCUCGUCGAUAAAUCGCGCUUAAAAUCGACGGAAAAUUGCUUUGAUUUAGAUGUACGCUCGAAGGAACUGGAGAAAAUGAACCUUGUGAAUAACCGGUACCGAUUCUGUACGUAAGUGUAGGGAUUGUUCUAUGUUUAACGAGCCACGUGUAAUCAUCCAAUACGAUGUUCCCUUAUACCUUACGACUGUAGCGAAGCAUGUAUGUAUAUUUAAUCAGCUGGUGUAUGGGUCCGAUUUAAUGACCGUAAGUGAAACGUACUUGUCGAAGAACAAUGAGAAUUGGAAAGAAAAAAGAAAUAUCCUUAAACGAUGCGAUAGUACGCGCACAUAUAAAUAAACGCGUGUGCCGAUUUUUCUGUUUCUCUGUCUCUACCUCUGUAUCCGUGUUGUUGCGUAAUCGUAUCGUCGAUGUGAGUAAGAAAAUGUGCAUUUAUCGAAAAAA